AUGUCGGCUCUUCAACGCCUCAUCGGAAGUGGUGACCAGCGUCAGUAUCCGCCGUCCAGCUCCGGCAGCGAAAGCAAAUACUCGGCCGACGAAUGGCUUUCCGAGAUGGUGGUUGAUUUUCUUGAAGAGUACAGUGGUGGCACGAGCAGUUGGCCGGUGGAAGAUUUGUCCAACGUCGCUGCCGCCGAUUGUACGGAGGCAUUGGGUGAAAUUCGGAGAAUGGUGAGUGUGAACGGCGGGAAUGUCGAGCCGUAUAGGGCGGUGCUUGUGGGUAAUGUUCAGGAAGCGGCGGAAUUGGCGGCCGCUUCGUCGUCGGACAGUGUUGUUUCGCAGCGGAGAUUGAUGGUGUUUCUCCAUGAGCUUCGUUAUAAUGCAGCGAUUUGUAAGACGAAAUGGGAAAGCUCUCGUGAUUUCACAUCCGGCAGCUACGAGUUCAUCGACGUCAUCAACGGGAGUGUCCGGUACUUGAUCGACAUGAACUUUCCCACACAGUUCGAGAUCGCGAGGCCAACGAUCCAAUAUAGAGAGCUCUUAAAAUCCCUACCUUUAAUUUUCAUCGGAACGGCAGAUGAGUUGAAGAAGAUCGUAAAGAUCAUGUGCAACGCUGCAAAGAGAUCAUUAAAUUGCAUGAAUCUUUCAGUGCCACCAUGGCGAAAGUACAUUUACAUGAAGAACAAAUGGUUAGGACCCCAUCGUAGAAUUGUAAAUUUGGUUUUUGACAAGCCAUCGACACCAAAAAAAUCGACUAAUUGGGCAGUGAAAUGCCAAUGUAUAGGCUUCGACAACACUGUCGUGGAGCCGAACAAGAACGCAUCUAUUUGUGUGAGAUCAAUUAAGACAGUUUGA